CGCAACCUCCUCAUCACCUCCGCCGACGGCCAAACCGGCCACCUCCUCGCCGAACUCCUCCUAGACCCCGACUCCGCCGACGACUUCCACGCCCAAUUCACGAGUCUGACAUGUCUCACCCUCGAUCCAUCUAAAUGUUCUGAUCUCGAGGAGGCUGGGGCUAAGAUUGUCGAACACGUCCCUGGUGAUAAAGAGGGGUUGGUGCAAGCGAUGAAGGAGGGGAAUAUUGAUACUGUCGUGAUUAUCCCUCCCGCGAAGGAGAACAAGAUGGAGUUGUUCACGGAGACCGUCGAAGCAGCUGUUGAAGCUGGGACGGUUGUUAACACGAUCUUACUUUCUUCGGCGGGUAUCGAUUAUGCGGAUCCGAAGAAACAUCCACGACUCACGGAGUUCAAGGAGAUGGAACACAUGCUCAUGCGCCGUGGGAAGAUGAACCCUGACUCUGAGACGGGUAAUUCGCCAUGUAUCGUCCGUGCCGGGUUCUACGCCGAGAAUCUCCUUCUCUAUACGAAAACGAGUCCGGAGCUUCCUUUGCCGGUGAGCGAAAAUAGAGCUUUCGCACCGCUCGCACUUGGGGAUUUGAGUCUGUUGUUGGCCCAUAUCGCUGUCGGACGUGGACCGAAUGGGUUAUCCGACCAACACCGCGGGCAACUCAUCAUCAUGACCGGUCCCGCAAUGCAAACCCCCACCGAACUCGCCAAAACCGCCUCCGAACACGCGGGUAAACGAAUCACCUACACCCAAUCCACCCCCGCCGAAGCCAAAAAACUAUUGGAGAAUGAUACGAGUCUCGAUGAGGCCGAGAUCGAGUAUUUGUUGGAGUAUUGGGAUUUGGUGGAGGGGUGUUUUACGGGGUAUAUUAGUACGCAUGCGUUUCAUGAUAUUACGGGGGAGAGCCCGCAGGAGAUGGGUGAGUGGUGGGAGAUUUAUGGUGGGGAGUUU